AGGUAACAUAGUUAUAUAUAAACGAUUACCCCAACAGGUAACAUAGUUAUAUAUAAACUAUACCCCAACAGGUAACAUAGUUAUAUAUAAACGAGACUAUUUUAAUGAAGUGUUUGUGUGAUACGGGAUAAGAAUACGCUACCAUAAUCAGAUAAGUAUAACUACAAAUACAUUGCCCUGGGAACUAUCAGAAGUGAUCAUCCAGUCUAGCUUUAAAACGUUUCAGUUAAGUGGAUCAUCAAACCUUUUCUGAAAAUUCUUCAACAGAAAUCCAUUUGCUGUCGUGUCUUUGAACAAGAUGCUUACUCAGAUUGCUCUGAAAAACAUGCAACGAGCCUUUCUAUGCGUUGAUCCUUGAGGUAGGCAACAACUACUACAAUAGUAAACCAACUUUAAGUGACCCUUGUCGUGGAAGGCGCGAUAAACCCAACAAACGGACCAACAGGAAUCUCGGGUGACCAGUUCCUGGAAACUUUGAAACACUUUCAGAGCUUAACAAAAGUGCCGACCUAUUAUCACGAAUACCGCGGUUUAACUGGUAAGCUUAGAUCAUAUUUCUUUUAGGAAACAAUAUUGAGUCUGUAAUGUCUAACUUUGGUCAUGAGAUGGACUUAAAUAGUACUACAAAAUGUUGAAUUUGGAUAUGCAUUUUGACAUUUUCGACUGUGUGUCACGGAUUUAAUGGGCUGUUAUCCGUCUAUGCCAUUAUCCACAUCCAUUAUGUGUAAAAAAAAAUCACCAUCAUAGUGUGUGCUCCUUCGUCAGAAGCAAGAAAUAAUGAAUGAGCUUCACACUGCGCAUGUGUACCACAUUUGCCAGAACAUCCCAAUGUUAUUGAUUAAUUUGGAGUCGUUGUCAACAACACGAUAUCGAUUUUGAUUGCUUUGCUUCCGCCUCACUUAUUUUAAAGGACUAUUUCCCAAGUAAUCUAUAAUGCCUUUUGAUCAUUGUGAUUAAAUCUUAACACGUGCUUCUUUUAUUUUCUCUAUAUGGCAAUUAAAUGUGUAUGCUUCCCAUGUGCAUUGAUUAUGCUAAGUAGGUGUCUGUGGUGUAUUCCGUGUCACAGUCGGGUACCCGUGGUAUCGGUACCAGAUUGCAUGCAUGAAUGCUCGAACGAUACACAGGAUUCCCCAUUAAUCAUACCCAUCUCGUCCCAUUACCACUUUCCAUCGGCUUUCCAAGUCGGCAACAUCGCUGAUCACAAUCUCCCUGGUGUUCAACAUUGGUGAGUCCAGAUUUUCAGAAUGGAGCACCACAACAAGCUGAACAAUUGGCAGGAUAUCACCGUGCUGUUGGUGUAUUUCGCUGCUGUGCUCGCGGUGGGGCUUUGGUCCAUGCGAAGUUCAAAACGAGGCAAUGUAAAGGGUUACUUCCUGGCGAGCCGUACCAUGCCAUGGGUGGCGGUUGGAGCGUCACUUUUCUCGAGCAACAUAGGGAGUGAACACUUUAUUGGUCUGGCUGGGGCAGGGGCUUCAACGGGGAUAGCUAUGAUUCUUUUCGAGUGGAGUCCCGUAUUUCUGAUAUUGCUGCUGGGCUGGUAUUUUAUCCCAGUCUAUAUUUCCUCGGGGGUGUACACCUUGCCAGAAUACAUGGAGAAACGUCUCGGAGGGAACAAAAUCCGGAUAUAUAUAUCUAUUUUGUUCCUUGUGCUCGCUGUCGUCACCAAAUUAGCGGUGAACAUGUUUGCGGGCGGACUCUUCAUACAGAUGGCUACAGGAUGGAACAUGUACAUGUCCGUCAUCAUAUUGUUAGCUGUGACAGGGUUCUACACCAUACUGGGGGGACUAAAGGCUGUGAUGUACACAGACACGUUUCAGGCAGUUGUCCUAACUCUCGGAGCCCUCCUCCUGUUUGGAAUAGCUUUCAGUCGUGUCGGAAGCUUGGAGAAUCUGGAACAAUUGUACAUGAACGCAACUGCCACAAUUCAGGUUGCCAACAGUUCGUGUGGAUUACCGAAGAAAGACGCCUUCCACGUAUUCCUUGAUCCUGUUAAUGGGGAACAACCGUGGCCGGGUCUGCUAGUUUGUUCCUCCCUAGGAUGUGUCGCCUAUUGGUGCUGUGACCAGGUUAUAGUACAAAGAUCUCUAGCGGCUAAGAGCCUUUCCCACGCUAAAGGUGGUUCGGUUAUGGCUGCUGGUCUGAAACUGCUGCCGUUAUUCCUGAUGAUAUUGCCGGGAAUGAUAAGCCGAGUCUUGUUUCCUGAUGAGGUAGCGUGUGCAGACCCCGAUGAGUGUAUGCGGAUAUGUGACAACUCCGUGGGAUGUUCAAACAUCGCCUAUCCGAAGCUCGUCCUGGAGUUGCUUCCUAAUGGACUUCGGGGUUUUAUGAUGGCUGUCGUCCUCUCCGCCGUGAUGAGUUCCCUAACGUCCAUCUUCAACAGUUCUAGUACUUUGUUUACCAUGGAUUUAUGGAGACGCUUUAGGCCGAGGUCCACGCAGAGAGAAUUACUCAUCGUCGGCAGGGUCUUCAUCCUCUUUAUGUGUGUGUUGAGCAUUGUAUGGCUUCCUUUGAUUAAGAGCUCACAGGGAGGACAACUCUUCGCAUACCUCAACAUGGUUCUAGCCAGUCUUAUGGCACCAGCAGGCCCAGCAUUCCUGAUGGCAAUAUUUUGGAAGAGAACAACAGAAAUAGGAGUCAUCGGUGGUCUGCUUAUUACUCAUGUCUGUGGCAUGGUACGUCUGGUUCUGGAAUUUGCUUUCCCAGCGCCACCGUGUGGACAACCGGAGACACGACCGGCAAUUAUUUACAAUUUCCACUUCCUGUACUUCGGUUUGUUCAACGUAUUUCUGGCGUUUUUGGCCAUAGGGGUGAUUAGCCUGCUGACACGACCCCGGACUGACGAGGAGCUUCAACACGUGACGUGGUGGACAAGAGUUAUGGUCCCUAACACAACGACGGAAGAAAAAGAUGAGGAACAUGGCACCGUGGACAAUAAUGACAUUAACCUCAAACCGGUUAAGGAUGAGGCGGUGAACAAUACAACAAUUGGAGGAAAAUAUGUAUCAGACGAAGAGACUUGCCAAGACGACCAGAUAUCCAUCAUAGCAAACGAGCGGACCUGUUUGGUUAAGUUUACAUCAUUUCUGUUUGGAGAGCCAGAACUUGGAAGGGAGAUAACUACGAUGUCGUUACGACAGAAACAGAUAUUCAUGACGGAACGAAAAGAAUACAAAUGGCUGUUGGAUGCUUCCGCCGUUUUUAUGAUUGCGGUUGUGAUGUUUCUCGCUGGAUAUUUUGCUUGAUUUAACAGCUAACGUGUGCACAUAAGCAGACUACAUAAGUGUUGUAAUCAUCGUGUUAUUGGUAGUAUUUCUAUUUAAACAGAAUCACAUUGUUGUUGUUUACCAGAAUUUAUUUCCAUAUUGGAUAUUAACACUAUUUUCUUGAGAAACAAAAUAUGUCUGUCACAUAUACUGGAAUAUUCUGCAGUUUUUCGGAGUUUUCAUUACCAGUCGUGUAUUGGAAUGUCAAUACAUAGAGAACAAUUUUCUUCAUAUUGAAGAUAACAAUGAACUAAUUAUGGUCGUGAUGUUUCAGAUAUAUAUCUGUGUUAUGCAAAAUACAUGGUCCACAGCAACUAUAAUCAUUUGCAUUGACGAGUGAGUUCCGGUGCACAUUGUAGUUAAAAUUAUCAACGUUCUCAGUGUGUUCGUCAACGUAGUACCAAUAUCAAUUAUAGUUUAUAUGAUUAAAAAGAACCUCGCCGUCGUUUUAACUAGCUGUCAUUUUCGAUUGCUAGAGUAUUGUUUCAAUAUCGGAUUUUAACACGAAAAGGAUCUACUAUAUUUCUUCCCAAAAUAGAGUAUCUUUUUAUUGAUGGAACUGCCAAGAACAUAUAUAUAUAUUGUUAUUUUGUUCUUUUUCCUUAUCUUGGAGUAAUGCGAUUUUUGUAUGUUGAAAUAAGGUAAUUAUCAUCGUUACGAUAAUAAUGAAUUGCUGGAAAACAGUCGCCUAAAUCACGAUUACGACGGUCAAAACAAAACAAUGCAUUUUUCAAAAAUCAUUUAUUCACCUUGAGAUCCGUUUCCCAGAAAACUGGACAUACAUUUUAUAGAUAUCGUAGAUCCUUAAUCUUAAUGAAUAUGAUUGGAGAGGUUUCAUUAGAAACCGUGUGUCUGAUAGGCAAUAUAUAUUUUUGUACAAUUUUCUUCAUAUUGAAGAGUAAAACAUUGUAUUUUGUGUUA